GGUUGCGACGGUUGCUCGACCGCCCCGUCUCCGCCACACUCUCUCGCUCUGGACGAAAUCAAUACCAGGCCUCGUACCUCAGGCUCCCUCUUCGAACCUGGACCAGCUCACGAGAGCAAGAAAGAGGGACAGAGAAAGGGAGCGAAUGAAUUAGGAACUUCACUAUUAAUAACCCACAGACAACGGCAUCUCCAUUUCUCACGAGCUCCGAGCGUGGCGCGGAUCUCAUCUCGGAGAAAAUGACUUUCACGGCCGUGUCCAUAAUGAUGUCUACUCUCCUUGCGUCUCCGAGGGUAGAGGCGCUUGUGCCUUCAUUCGGUGGUCGAGGCUUCAACAUGGUGAGCGCCUUGAUCCCCCCGCACGGCAGGGCAGCAAACAGCAUCCCCUCCACCACCGCCGGCGGCACGCCGACGGGUCCAGCCCGCGUCUUCGUCGGUUCGGACGGCAACCCGAAACUUUCACCAACAGGCACGGCUGCUGCUGCCCCCCCCUCCGGGGAUGCCGAUGACGCUCACCGAGAGCGGCAGCACAACCCCACAUCGGCGGUAUUCUUCGACGACGUCGACGGCCACGCCGAGCCCUCACAGCUCCCGGGCUCCCCGUACGAACAACGAGAUCUACCCGCGGGGCCCCCAGAGCCCGGUGGCGGCGUCGACCAGCGUCACCGUGCCCAGCAGCUUGUAUCCUCCCAACGUAGCGGCGCCUUGCCGGCGGCCUACCACCGUCCCUGGCGGCAGCGCGCCCGCGACGCGAGACGCCAGACAGUUUUCGAGAACAACCCGGAGGAGCGCUUUGAGGCCGAGGAGGGCGGGGGGGGUAGCCUGGUGGGCGCUAGGAGGAGGCGGGCUUCGGAGAAGGAGGAGCUUGUGGCUUCGCGGAAGGACUCCCAGCAGAAGGCCAUCAACAGGGCGGCACUGCCCAUCGUGGAUCUCGUGGGCCUCGUGUCGCCGCUUGUUCUGAUCGCGGGGAUGACCAUGGUGCACAUCGUGCCGUGACGUUAAAGACUUGCUGCGUUGAGUGACUCACAAAGCAGAGAGCUGACUUGUCUUUGGCUUAUGCUGCUGAACAAGUAAUGGAGUCGAUCGGUGGCGUGUGGUGACUGCGUGGAUGAAUGGCACCCUGGGCAGUGGUUGUCUACGUGGGGGGUUGAUGUGUGCCCAUGUAUCAGCGCAUCUGUUGUGUUCUUGCGCGCAAUUUGACCUGAGAAGCUGAAAAGGUGGGAUGACAGAGCUACUACCACCAAACGGCUACUGCACCCUGGUGUAGCACCUCCUUCUGGAGGUGAUGUUGCGGUAUAGGUACAGGCGGUACUCGUAGGGUGGUGUUGGUCAUCCAUGGGAUGAGACAAGGCGACUCGUUUGUAUGACGGAAGUGCAUGUCCGCGGGAUACCCGCGGCAGUGUGGAACGUGCUCUUUCGCUUUUUUUUUUGUUAUUGUGAUGUCGUCCGUCCCUCGUGCUGUUUUUCGCAAUUUUUUUUUCUGAGUGUUAUGUCGGGGUCCGUCUCCCGCGCUGUUUCAAGCAAGUUUUAUGCUUGUUGUAAGACUGUUGUGGACUUGUAGUGGUAUCCGUCAAUGAUGUUUAAUGUCGGGGGGGAGAGACGGACCGUCGGUGACGGAGGCUAGCAAUAGCGGGCGUUGGCAAAGAUUGUUCUAUUUGGCUUUGUAUCGGGUGAUGAGUGGUUGGCAAUGCCUCUAGGCCAAAGUUGAUGGCAAAUUUUUUGUUGAUGGAAAUCGAGCUUGGAUAUGUUGACGUUGUGGCCCCCAAGGGUGUUUGAGGGUUUGUCUUUGCCUAUGCUGUUUCUCCCAUACUAUUAGUGAGAGGGAAGACCCCAGAAGGGUCUCUGCCGCAGUACCAACAACGUUGGACGGAGGAUUUGGAUGUAAAAUUGACGGAGGCUUCGAUGGCCGCGAUUUUGAGAUUGUCAAAAAGAGAACAUGACAGGGAAGAAAAGGUUUGGAGUAUCUCUGUGCAGCACGGGGUAGUUGCUGCGUCUUGUAUGUCCUGGCUUGUUUGCGGCAGUCACGCGUCGGUGGGCGCCAGCGUAUGGAUUGGUUGAUGCGACUCUGUGGGUGGAAGAGUGCUCUCUGAUAUUUUCGUGCUGCUUUGAUCAUAUGUAUACAGUAUACAGCUGGUGGGUGGUUUUCGUGGGCUGACGUGGAGCCAACGGUGUGUGUGUGUGUGUUGCGUGUGUUGCGUAUGUAUGUGUUGUUCGGGUCGAGAGGCAAUGCGAGCUCCUCGGCGUGUCUACCGAAUUGCGUCGUGAUCAUGUUUCGAUUGUUGUUUCUUGUCCUUCUAGUCUACACACCACAUGAUUUCUUGAUCUUGUCGUGUUUUUGAUACUGCUGGCUGACUUCCUCCCGCCUUGGGGGGGGGAAGAAGGCAAUGAUGGUGACGGUCUUCGAUGGGGUGGGGGGGGUGUAGGUAGAUGCUGCUCUACAGCUCCAUCAUGCAUACAUGUCGUUGUUUUCUUGGUUUGGAAUGGGUUUGGGGAUGCGUGACGUGCGCUCUCUGCCCCCGGCGGCGUGAGGCGGACUUGGUUCCGGCCGUGUGUUGGGUGUCUUGCUUGAUGGAAGUAGUCUACGUCCUUACGCUUGUCGUCUAGCCCCUCUUCAGUGAUGGCGGAAGUUCAUUGUUGCUCAGCAUAUUUUUUUUUUUGCAGUUUUUGCGGUGAAAAAUGUAUUCUUAUCUCUUGGUCGAAUUUUGCUCAAGGAACGGAGGAGAGCGUUGUUGGAAAAUCUGAUCGUGUGGUGGUGUUUCGUGUACAGCGAGUGGAUAACUUCCGUCGUUUCUCAUUGUUGUUGUUGUUGUU